CUCACCCAGCUUUUUCAAUCUCUAGCUCUUAUAGUUCACAUCAAUUCUUCAAGCAGAGGCAGGUUUUGGUUUAGCGGUCGAGAAACAAUCAAUGGCGGCAGAAAAGCGGCUUAUGGUGGUCGUCGACGGAACAACAGCUAUGGGGCCUUACUGGAAAUCCAUUCUCUCAGAUUACCUCGAAAAGAUCAUCAGGAACAUAAGUGGCCAACCGUCAGCUAACCAGGAUGCUUCAGCUGGUGCAGCAGUAUACCUGGGCCUGGUUCAGUAUAAUUCUCACGGACUUGAUAACACUGGUUCCUUAACGCGACCAAGUCCUUGGACUAGAAAUGUGGAUGGGUUUCUUGAAGGGCUCUCGGCUUUACAUUUUUCUGGUGGUGGUGGUCCUAAUGAAGCCGCCAUUGCUGGGGGACUGGCAGAAGCACUUGUGAUGUUUCCGAAGCCUACUCCCACUGGAACUGGAACUGAAACUGAAACUGAUCAAGUUCAAGACCAUAAUGCCAGAGAAAGGCAUUGUAUUCUUGUGGCUGCAAGCAACCCUGUGUUGUUUCGAACCGCCGUUCAGAUACCGAUAAUAAGUAAUGGCCAAUUUUCUUCUGGUACACAAACUCGAUGGACUCUUGCUGAUGCUCAAGAUGUUGCCAAAUUAUAUGCUGAGUGCUCUGUAUCUCUUUCUGUGAUCUCACCAAAACAGUUUCCAAAACUCAGAGAGAUAUACAAUGCGGGAAGAAAUUAUCCUGAAUCUGAAGGAACAGUAUCUUCCUUCAAAAAUGUUAAGUACCCACAUUUUCCUGUACUAAUAUCAAACAAGUUCUCAGAGGCUCGUGCUGCCCUCGAUCACUCUCAUCCUGUGAUCAAAACUGAAUACAAUGUCUUUCUUAGCUCAUCAUGA